GUGAUCCCCUUUAGAAAGUCUCUGGCAUUAUGUCAGGAGUAAAGAAACUUGUGAAACCCCAUGGCUUCUGCAGGACAACUCUCUAUCGGGGAAGAAAGGCUCAGGUCAAGACUAAUGUCUUCUGAAGACUUAGCAGAGAUCCCUCAACUCCAAAAGCUGUCCAUCCCACAUGGCUUCCAGAACAAGGAGGCUGCUAACUCCCCAACACCAUCCAUCACCCUUAGCCAGGUGCCCGACCUCCAGCCUGGGUCCCAGCUGUUUACUGAGAUACGCCUGGCCGAGAUAGAGAAGAUGCUUGAGGAGGACAUCAACUCGACUGGAGCCCUGGGCAUGGACGCCUUCAUCAAGGCCAUGAGGAAGGUUCUGAGCAGUGUGUCAGACGAGAUGCUAGAGGAGCUGUUUUUGAAGGUGGACUCGGACGGUGAAGGCUUUGUCACCUGGCAAAAGUAUGUGGAUUACAUGAUGCGUGAGUUCCAGGGAAAAGAGGACAUGCGAAAGAGCCAGUACCGCCUGCACUUCUACCUUCCCAUGACGGUCGUCCCCCUGAACCAUGGCUGUGAGGUGGUGAAGGUGGUGUUUUUAAGCCACCAGUUCAAGAAGAUUGGGUGUUUCCUGACUGUCACCAAAGACGGAAUCCUGCAGUUCUGGUCUGAGUCCUUCUCGCUGAUCAGCUCCUUCAGGCUUAACCAGACCCAGCAGCUCCACAACCAGCCGAUGUGGGUCGUUGACAUGGUAUGUCUGCACAAUAUGAACCUUGUUGCAGUUGCGUCUACCAAGCAAAAGAUAGAUUUCUUUGAUAUUAGUGACCACAAAUGUGUCCGAGCCUUCACCUUUACUGAUCUGGACAGCUGUGCCCUGGUCAUGGACUACUGGUCUGACUAUCACAGAGGUGUGUUCUGCUAUGGGGACGCCAAAGGCAACGUCAUUGUCUUCACCUCCGAAAACAUGACCAGUGGGCUGUUCAACCCCCGUAUCCUCCCCAGGGCCUCCAAGUGGGAUCACUGGAUCAAAGUUUCCUUGCAGAAACUCUUAAAUGAGAAGUCUGCUUUGCAUAGAAGCUACCGGCUGAAGGCUCUCCAUCCCAACUGGUGUCAGCAGGUCAAGUUCAUCCCCCAGAUGAACGUGGUGGUGUCCUGUUCGGCCAUCGAGAAGUCCUUUCUGGUGCUGACGAUAUUGCCAGCCAAAGCCUCUGAGAAACCCAGGUUGUCAGUGCUGCAUUUAAGGAAAGGGAUUCUUUGCUUUGAUUACUGCCCGGACAGGAACUUCCUGGUGACUGGUGGCUACGAUGCCUUCAUCCACCUGUGGAACCCCUUUGUCUCAAAGAGGCCUGUGUGGCUGAUGAAGGGACAUCAGACCUCAGUGACGCACAUCCUCGUGGACAGCAGGAACAACAGCAUCCUCAUCAGUGUCUCCAAGGACAAGAAUAUUCGCGUGUGGGACAUGCUGGACUACAUAUGCCUCCAGUCCUUCUGCGGGAAGUUUUUUGCUCUGGGAAACUGCCCCAUCACCAGUGCUUACUUCUUGGUGAAGGACAAUACCCUCAUCUGCAGCACCUACUCAAUCGGGAUCCUAAAAGGGUACUUAGAGGCCCAGGGGCCUAUCAAAGCAAGGAAGAGGACCACUCAUUGCUCACCCCUGUGUGCUGUCCUCUACAGCAAGAUCUUUAAGCAGGUGGUGAGUGGCUGCCUGCGUGGCACAGUGAGUGUGUGGGAGGUCGUGACGGGCAGGAAGACGAUGGAGUUCUCUGUGUCUGGGGGCCAGCACGUGGAGAUGACCGCCAUGGCCCUGGAUGAGUCCGAGCGGUGCCUGCUCACAGGUUUGCGGGAUGGCACAAUGAAGAUGUGGAACUACAACGUUGGCAAAUGCCUGUUGACCUUUCCCAAUCCGGAACAGCUGGAGAUUAGUGGGAUUAUCCAUAUGAACAAAGUGUUCUAUGUGACAGGAUGGAGUAAGAGAAUCACUCAUUUCCUGUUCCACAAGACCAAGCCGGUGCCCUUGUGCUACCACUGGCAGACCUACCACACGGAGGACAUCCUGAGCAUGGCCAAGUACCAGAACCAGUUCCUUGGGACUUCCUCCUACAGUGGGGACAUCCUCUUCUGGAACACUGGCACACUCAAGCCCAUCUUCAACUUCAAUGCCUCUAGGAGCCCCUUGCCCUUGCAGCCCAAGAGGGUGCAAGAUGUGAACAACUGCCUGGCUGAGAGCCACAGGCCCAGCAGACCCUGUGUGGAGCGGGAGAAGUGGGCAUACAAGACCUCCAGGAAGCUUUCCAGUCUCACCCCCGAGUCUGUGGCCAAUACCAACCUGAGGCGGAGCCUGGUGUCGGCUCCCCCAGUGAUGCGGUGCCCGAGAGACAAGGAGCCAGACAGGCCUGUGCCCCAGCAGAAACCUUCCAGUGCUUCUGGCACAUCCGGGCAGUCAAGCAAGAUCCACAGCAAACAGUCCAUUUACAAAGAGGAUGAAACGAGAAAAGGAGAAUUGCAGAAGAAUAUGUUGGUUCAAUCCAAUGCCUCGGUGGAGAAGAUAAUCUUCCUGCAGACCAGGCCUCGCCUGCCACACACGGCUGCCCUGCUGAGCAGCUGCAUGGAUGGCUACAUCUACGCCUGAUCCCUCCAUGGGAACGGAGGGCUGCUGGGGAAGUUCCCUGUGGACCUAGAUGAUGGGGAUGUUGUCGUAGGUGCCAUGGCCACUGAUAAAAAUGACUGGAUCCUCAUCACGGGGGAUUGUAAAGGAUACAUCAAGAUCUGGGACAUCAAGGAUUACUGCACAUUGACUGGUAAACAGCCAUUCCAAUCCAGUGGGGCCAAGGUUGUCUCUGAAGCACACAACAAGUUCCGGUUGUUAAUUCCUCAGCAGCUGGGGACCAGCUUCCCACAUUACAUUCCCUUGGAGGAUAAAGAGGUUGUGGCUGGCCAUACCAUUUCCCUGGUUCCCCCCACACUCCUGAUUACCUGGAAGGGCCAUCUGGAUAGUGUGGCAGACAUCCUGUAUGUGGACAACUUCCAGCUGGUUAUCAGCGCUGGCCAGGACCAGGAUGUCAAGGCUUGGAAACUCUCCGGUGAUGCCAUUGGAACGUUUGGCCUGAGUGUGUGGAAAAGACUACAGGAUGCCCGUGAUGGUCCUCAUGAAAACAGAGCAAGCUUAGAGGAAGAGGGUGACUCCACUGGCACCACCCAGGCCUUACAUCUGGAGCUGCAGGAGCAGCGGGAUCUGGCUGAGGCCCUGAUAUACCAGCGGCGGGAGCAGGCAGUGCUGAUGGCCCUCCUGCAUGGGAAGGCAGAUAAGGAGGCAGACGCUUGGGCCAAGCUGCAGAAGAUGGCCCUGAUGUCCCCGUGGGCCGGAGAGCACCCCCUGGAAGACAUUGAGGACAGCUGGAACAAGUGGGAGUCCAGGGACAAGCAGGUGAGCAAAGUCUUGGGAGUGGAGUAUAAGCCCAAGGAACGCUUGCGGAAUACCAGGUUCCUGUCCACCAGGGUGCCGUAUGGCUGGAUGAAGCAUAAGAUCUCGCCUCAGGUCUACCAAAGCCUGCACUUCAGUGAUCUGACGCCCACUCAGCAGCCUGACUUCCCGACCAGCAGGGGCCCAGACCAGCAAGACCAGCACGUCUGCCUGGUGGCCCACCAUGUCCAGAAGGACCUGGUGCCCAGCAGGGAGCAGGCUGUGCUGGAUACCAUGGACAGCACACCGGCGACCCCCUCCUCCCCAUCUUCCUUGUUAUCUGUCACUGCCUCAGCCUCUAGGCUGCUGGACUCCAGCUUGCCCACCUUCCUGAGGCCCCAGUUCUCCUUCUUGCUGCGGCCCCAGUCGGCCUCCACGGCCCAUUCCACCCCCUCGGUCCCAUCCCCGGUGUCCAAGUCCACCCUGCAGAGGUCAGUGACCCCCAGGCACAUUGUCUCCUUCGAGCGGCCCCCAAGGCCUCUGAAGGCCACCUUCAUGUCCUCUGUGAAGGGGGGCUCCCACGUCAGGUUCUGAGGUGCUCCACUGUCUUCUCUAGUCCUCCAGCAGGGCAACCAGGCCCAUGGCGGUCCUGCAUGUUCCUGGCUUAUUCCCUACCAGACCCAGAGGAUGUGGCCCUUCCCCCAGCCACCCCACUCGGCCUCUCUGGGGAAGUCCACCUGUCUCCUAAUCUUGUCUUCUCUCUGGCCCUGCACAGAGCCCUGGGGCAGAAAAUAAAUGUUCUCAGCUGUGGGCAUCCACAGGUGAUGAGGUUGGGCUGUGUGUUCCCUGCCCCCUUAGGUUCUUCCUUAUCUGAUACCGGUCAC